CGUGCUUACCACCUACGCAACGCGCAACAACUCAACGCACCAAAAAAAACCUCAAAAAAUUAAUCAAAAAAAAUUCAAACGGCCUAAAAACAAAAAAAAAAUCGAAAAUUUAAAAUAUACCAAUCUUUUGGUUUUAACAAAAAUUUCGAAAAUAUAUCGCGCAUGCGUUAGAGUCAUCGCUGCCGCCCGCUGACACAUUCAAGAGAUAGUUUUAUGCAAUAGACAAUAUUCAGUUUUUUCACAUAAUCAUCCUAGAUUUUAAGUGAUCGAUUAACCAAUAGUAUUCAGCAACACUUGAACUUUUAGCAAUAGAUCGGAACACCGGUUUAAUUUUCUGUAAACUGUAAAAUUAGUGUUAAGGCAACUGAGAGGCAGUUCGGCUCGGAUUCGUCGUGCAAGGGCUAAUGUAACAUCGGAACAUCUACGACCAUCCGGGAGGAACGGCCGAGAACAAACAUAAGAAGAAGAAGGAGGAGAAGAUCCAUGGGAAGGCCACGCAGAAGACAGUGGCACUACAGAUGGAAAAACAACUAAGUUAAAUGCGCAAGAAGCUGAAGAUAUCCAAGAUUUUAUAGCAAAAGGAAAUUUAGGAUAAACAAAUAACAGCCACCGCCAUUUGACGAUAAAGAAACACGUUUUUUCGCAAUAGAACAAGUUUUACGUUUAUAUCAACCGUUAUUACAAGGAAACAAUAGAAAAGAGAAUUUAAGAAUUUAAGUUUUUUAAGUACAUUUAAACAACACUGGUUAUUUUUGGAACUUUUCGAUUGAGUUAUAUUGAUUUUUAUAAGCAGACUCUCCAUAUAUAUAUAGUGAAAGUAAUCUAGUGACUCUGGACUUAAACAUAAGGCUAAGUGAUAUUUGAGACUUUUGGCAAAUAAAUUUUGGAAAAGUUUCGACCAAUUUCAUCUACCGCUCCAGAUUAUAUGGGAGGUGAAAACAAACAAGCAAAGAAAAUAAAAAAACUCGUGCCUUAAAUUGGCCUUAAAUUAAUAGUAAAAAAGGUAAGAUAAAAUUACGCCAAAACGUUACAAAAAAAAUCUAAAUUUACCAAGUUUACCUACCUGUUGAAAUGACUUCUAGAUUUCUUUAAUAGUACAAAAUUAAAAGUAAAUUAAAGUUAAGACUUAGUUAAAUGUUUUGUUAUUUCUAUACCUGUAAUGUUUUAUAUGAAUAUGUAUAAAAUUGAACGGGCUUAAAAAUAAGCAAGGACUAUACAAUAAACACAGAUACUAUAAAAGAAGACAAUACAAGAGAAGAGAACUUAGAACUCCAAAAUAUUGUAAACAGGAUAAAGAAGAUAGAUAGAUCACAGAAUUUGACACGGAGAUUGAAUAACAGAACAGACAACUACAAAAUCCAGCAAGACAUUAAGCUUCUUAAGAUUCUACUAAAGGUCCGUCGCGCGUCGCAUGAGCCCGACGACAUCCUCGUGACGAUUCGCCCGAAGCUGGAAUUAAUGUUGAAGUACUUCAAUGAGAACAUAUCCCUAGCGCUCCAGGAGAGGUACAGGGACCUCCAUGAGUAUCGGAAGGCGGAAGUAGAGGACUCACCGCGGGAGGCCAAAGUACCGAAAAUAGCUGAGGAGGGCGAGACGGUCGGCGGCGAGGGCGCGUUCGAGCCGAGCGCCGCGCCGCCGUUCCCGCGCCUCCUGGAGCCGCCCAAGGAGGAGGACAGCUUCGUGGCCAGCUGGCUGCACAACUCCUUCAAGAUGACGGCGGCGGACGGCAGCGAGGCGGCGGCGGGCGGCAGCGCGCUGGACCUGCGGGCCGCGCCGCUGUCGCUGCACAUCCCCGCCAUCCAGAACGAGGCCCAGCGCUUCAAGAUGGAGUUCUGGAACCGCAGCCGGCCCGCCUCCCCGGCGCAGGAGCCUCCGGAGCACAGCCAGGCCGGCCUCGCGCCGCCCACGCCGCAGCCGCCCGUCACGCCGGACCACAAGAUCAUGGCUGAGAAACUUGUCAGUGAAAUUCAGCAACAGCAGCAGUCACCUUCCGCGGACUCUACCAUGAGCGAGCGGUCCCUUGUCCCAUUCGUGCUGCCACCACAGCACUCGCCAUCAGGGGAAGCCCCGGUCGGCGACCGCAACUCCAUGUUGCCCUUCGCAUUGGUAAAUUUCCUGAAUAGCCUCAAUAUCGAUCAACAAGCGCGGUCGGGGCAGAGCAUCAGCGAGCGAACGUUAGAAGAAUGCUGGUCGACACUUCAGCGAGUGAGUUGGCACCUGUUUCAAUGCAUCUUCAUGCACAAAAACGCAAUGCAAAUGCACGCAAGAGAGCUCCAACGCGGUUUAGGGGGUGAAGUCAAACCACACCAGUGCCAGCAGUGCCUCAAGUCCUUCAGCUCCAACCAUCAGCUGGUCCAGCAUAUCCGAGUCCACACUGGAGAAAAACCCUACAAAUGCUCGUACUGCGACCGGCGGUUCAAGCAGCUCAGCCAUGUACAGCAACACACGAGGCUACAUACAGGCGAACGUCCAUACAAGUGCCACCUACCAGAGUGUGGGAGAGCUUUCAUACAACUGUCCAACCUGCAGCAACACCUCCGCAACCAUGAUGCUCAAGUGGAGAGAGCCAAGAACAGGCCCUUUCACUGCAACAUAUGUGGCAAAGGGUUUGCCACUGAAAGUAGCUUACGGACACAUACCGCCAAGGAGCUUCAGCUGCACCUUGGUGUUUUGCAGCAACACGCAGCCCUCAUGAUAGGGGGCGCCACUGCCACACCUUGCCCAAUAUGCCACAAGGUCGUUUUCGGUGGCGAAGCCCUGGUCGAACAUAUGAAGAACACCCAUAAGGACCCAAAUGCGUCCGGCGUUGCGAGUCCCCCCGCCACAUCACCAUACCCGGCGCAAGCUAAACCUGUUGAUCCUUAUAUAGCGAAGCGGCGGACGGCCAACCACCCGUGCCCGGUUUGCGGGAAGCAUUAUGUCAACGAAGGUUCCCUGAGGAAGCACCUGGCCUGCCAUCCUGAGACCCAGCUCACGAGUGGUCUUCGAAUGUGGCCGUGUUCUGUCUGCCAAGCUGUGUUUACACAUGAAAGUGGUCUCCUGUCCCACAUGGAGCAUAUGAGAAUGGAGCCAAAACACCAGUUCGCUGCUCAAUACGUCCUCUCCCGAGCAGCUGCGGAGAGGCGGGAACGAGACAUCCUCGCCGCCGUGUCCGCGUCCGCCGGAGGAUCUGGCCUCCUCAACUUAGCUCCUCCCUCACCCGCCCACUCGGACUCAUCUUCCAACGGCCGCCUUUCAUCAUCAGCAGGCUCCGAAGCAGGUGCAGCGGUGAACAAACUCUCAGACUUACUCCGAUCAGCGAACAACGGUCACCAAGCGUAUGGGGACGAAAGAGUCGCAGCCAUCGCAGCCGCCGCAGCGAACAUGAUGGCUCAACCAGGCGAAGGGGCGAACGCUGUCCAAGUUGCUGCGGCGAACCUAGUUACAGCCAUGCGUCAACAGUUAGCGAGGGAACCGCCUGCCCAACCUCCCCCAGAAACCCCUCCAGCACCAACCGAAGCAGCGCUCAGAAUCCAGCAAGCGGAAGCUUUAUUACGAAGUCAGGCUGAAGCGUUGAGAUUAGCAGUGUCUCAAGCCGCAGCGGCACAUAGCAAUGAAAGUCCGAGCCCCUUGAGACAUAAUGGAGGGUUUCCACCAGCGAACGAUGCGAGCGGGCAGCUAUCUCCAGAAUUGGUAGAGGCGUUUCGAAUCGCUCAGGAACAACGGUUGGAGCAAGCGUUGAGGUUGCAUGAUCCGAGAAUGCUUGGGUUCAAUUUACCAUCGCCGGUUCAGCAAGCGGCGCAACAGGCUGUCGCCGUCCAGGCGGCGCAAGCUGCUCAAGCGGCGCAAGCGCAGGCUCAAGCCGCUCAGGCUGCUCAAGCCGCUCAGGCUGCUCAGGCGGCUCAGCAAGUAGUCCAACAGCAGCAACAGAUGCAUCAAGCUGCUCAAGCGGCACAAGCAGCGCAAGCCGCUCAGGCCGCUCAACAAGCGGCCCAGCAAGCUGUCCACCUCCAGCAAAACCCUCAGCCAUGAAAAUUCACCUAUUACUAAUCUGACGCGAUUUCGGCUCUUAGCUUUUAAUAUAAUAAAAUUUCAAUUAUCAAACCGAUUUUCAGUUCUUUGCCACUUUCGAAACGUGGAAAAAUAAUUCAUUAUUUUCAUCGGAGCGUGAAAUGAAAUCGCCUCAGAUUAGUGAUUGAGUUCGUUUUUCUUACAACAGCCAUGUUUUUUCAAUGGAAACAUUUCUUUUUUUUUUCGUUCACGUUACGGCCGAAUAAAUAUUAUAAAAAACUUAGAUAGAACUAACUGUUGUAAAUAGAAACGUUUAGUGGAAAAAAACAAAUUUCUCUGUAAAUAUAAUAAAAGUACCUUUUAAUAAAUAGUUGAAUGAACAAAUUGGAACAGAAACUCGCCCGAACAAAUAAUUAGAUGUAGAUAGGGUUGCCAACCGUCCUGUUUUUGUGGACGAGUCCUAGUUUUGAAGGUGUAGGAGGUACUCUGUAGACUUUGAGAAGUCAUUUUGCUACGCACAAAAAAUUUACACUUCUGUUUUUAAUGUUUUUUAUUACUUCGUUCAUCAAAACAUAUUUUAUAUGCUUAAAAAAUUUAGGUCAUUUAAAAACGACGCUUUAAAAAAUAAAAUGGUUUGUUAAUGAAAUACUUAGGUAUAAAAUAAAAUUUUAUUUAAAAAAAUUGGUCUGCGUCCUAGAUUUAUAAAAAAAUAAUGAUUAUAUUACCUACCUUCAUGCCCCGCUCAAAAAACUCGGACGUGGCAGCCCUAAACGUAGAGGAUAUUAAUUGAUAAUAAUCAGUGCAAUCUUCAAUAAAUAUUUGUUUGGUUGUUUGAGUGGUUUAUUAUUAUGAAUAAAAUAUUUAUUUUUUAUUAGCUUUAUCACAGAACAAUGUAUUUUUUAGCUUAGUACAAACUUUUGGAUGUGCCAAACGGUUUUAAGCACGUUUUUUCGCAUUUAGCGAACCUUUGCAAUACUUAGUCGCAUUAAGUUUCCAAUUUAAUUUUAUUCUUUAGAUGAAUUCUAUAUUAAUAAGAUAUUAAGUCACGGAGGCGAAUUAUAAAAAUGAAAUUGAAAGAUAAUAAAUAUUUAAUGUUAUUAAUUUAAUGUUAAAAUAAAUUAUUUGUUAAAUUUUAUUCUUAAGAAUGAAACAAAUGAUUUAUAUAGAACGAGCCGCCGCCGUGACGAUUUUAUGUUAAAAAGAAUUUAUUUUAUCUAUUUUUUGCGCAAUAACACGUCUCAUGCUAGUCAAGUUUUGAACGCACAAAUGUUCUAUUUUAUGUUCAUCUUCCAAAUUGAUUUUAUUUUACUUUAUUUUAUUUUUCAUAUUAUAACAUUAUCUGAAUAAUUUUUACACUUGGCUUAUAAUUUUAUUUUUUAAUGCCAUAUUAGUGAUAGUUAUUGUAAAUAAGUAGACGCGUUAGACAAUGUUGAUGCUUCUGUUUUAUUUUAAUGUAACAAUAUUGUUUUAUUAUUAUUAAUAUACGAUUAUUAUUUUUGACGGAAAAAUCAAAUUAUUUACACUACGAUUUUUUUGUAUAGUUGUAAAUAAAUAUAUCGAAUUAUGUUUUUUUUUCAGAAGACUGCAAUUUUCUUUUUUUCUGUAAAUACGUGAUUGUUGAUAACGAUCAUGGUAUAUAUAUUAUAAAAAUAGCGAUUAUUCACUGAACCGACGAACGACCUCGAGCUGUCGGCCGACGAAUACCGAUAAGGACAGUCGAAUACAAGACCGAUUUCGACGAAUACAGUCUUGAAUGUACGAUUAACACGAGACAUUCUUUUUUAAACACGGACUUUGACAUAGCCCAAGUACAAUUCAUAUUUAUUUUCAUUUCUUAAAUACAUUUAAUAAUAAUAAUCAAACAAUAGCCCGAAUAAUAAUCAUUUUACAAUGAACAAAGUAUUACGCUUUUGCCAACAGCGUAAUAAUGGUAUACAGUUGCCCAAACAGUAGUUUUAUAGUUCAAAAAAAUUUCGAGAUCGCUCCAAUUUCUUCCAAAAAAAUAAAUGAGUAAAGAAAUUGGAACGAUUUCGGAAUUUCCAUAAGAAUGUCAAGUGUUGCCGAAUAUUAAUUCUUUUAAUAUUAUCAUCUUGUAUUAUAAUUAAGUAUCGAUUUGUGCGUACAAAUACGUCUGAACAGGACUUUGAAUUCACGAAUACGUUUUUAUAGACGAAUACGUCUGUACGCGUAUUCGUACACCGACGAAUAAGUCCGUAGACGAAUAUGUCCGUACGAAUCGAGUUAUACUAUAAUCGUAACAUAGGUAAAGUAUUGUAAGCUGAUUUUAAUGUACGUAAUGAUUUCACUCUUGAAUUAAUAUUGGUACCUCAUCAGCAACAAGCACUCAUGUCGAGUUGCUGGAAAGAGGUGUCAAUGUAAAUAGAAAAAAAAUCACAUGCAAUAGCCCAAAACUCGUUUUUAUGUUUACGUCGUGACAUUUUGUUUGUGAAAGUGAAUAUUUUUGACAUUAUUUUUAAUAUUACAAGUAUUUUAUUUACGAAAUACAAAACUUUUCGGCAAUUUUAUUCUUAUGAUUUGGUGUGGAAUGGACAGUUCUUCGUGCACGGUUACCCGAUGAUGAUUAAGUUUUCUAGGAAACGUGAGAAAAAAAUCACCCAUUUGGACGCAAAACAAUCUUUUCGACUGAACGUAUUAUUAUAUUAUACACAUACACACAAAAAUGACGAAAAUUCGAACCACCGCAAUAAAAAAUUAAGUGGACGGAUCGCUAUUUAUGUAAAAAGAAAAAAUCCUCAAUAAAUUUUAAUAAUAUAUAAAUAAAUUAAAUAUAACAACAGAAAAAGUUCCUAUGAAUAUUGUAUAAAUUGUAUUGUUUUAAAUUUAGGUCGUAGUAGAUGGAAAAAUUUAUGGUCGUUUUGGUAUUUUUAAAGUUAUAAAUAAUCCAUCGUGUUUAAGGAACUGACUCGUUAGUGACGAGUUGUACAAAAGAUAAAAAAGCACGGAUCAUGUAUCCUAAAUCUAGAUUUUUAGAGCAAGAGUUACGUUUCCAAGAAAGUGUUCAUGUCUACGGACCGCUCCAGAUGCUAGUGCCGAUCGCGUAACAAUCCGGGUACUAUAUCUAUUACAUUAUAUAUGUAUUAUAUAAUUACUACAUAAUAUAUUUCUCAAAACUAUACCCUAACCCCCGAAAAAUUAGAAGAGAAGGAAUUUUUCUAAUCCUUGAAUGAAUCUAUUACAGGGAUAAAACAAUGCUUUUGAAAUAAGAAAUUCAAUGGCUAAUGCAAUAAAAAAAUGAAUCCUAAAACUGUGAAGCCAAUCAUAUAAAAAUCAAUGUUACUAUAGUAACCAAAUCUAAUACAACUAUUUGUUUAGAACGUACCCAGAUUGUCGAGAUCGAAUCUAGAAUCUGAAUCGUCCCUUAUUCGUCUACAUUUUUGCCUCACACGAAACUAUUUGUAAAAAAACAAGUAUUUUCGAGAUAAUAAAAUUUUAAAUACCUAUAAGAUAAGAUUUUUUUUGAAAACUGACAAAAUGUUAAUAUUAGGAAUUUCGGUGUGUUAACAAAAAUGUAGACGAAAACGUAUUUUCUGUGAUCAUCGAAAUGGAAUAGUUAAUAAAAAAACAGGUCGAGUCUGAGAGUUGUCAGAGGUUAUUUUUAAGUUUUGGAGGUUAAAUUUUUGUAAUGUUAAAAGGAAAAUAAGAAAAGAAAAUUUUUUCUACAUUUAUUUUACGAUGAAAAAUUCCAUAGUUAAGCUGUGUACAUUUAAUAUUAAUAAUAAAGCCUAAUUAACAGUAAAGGUGGCGUAACGCCGCUUACAAACGUGGUUAAGGAAAAAUAUAAUUGACUUUUUCAAUAACAAUUAAAUUUUUCCUUGCCAUUUUAGUAUCAAUAGUACUGGAUUCUGUUUAUGUCACAAUACGAUGCGGAAAACCGUUGUUUGAUACGAUUUUUCGAUUUUCAAAAUGCGCUGUUGGUGUGUUUCUAUGGAUGAAUGGAUAUGACACUAUGAAAUGAUAUGUUGUAGUUUAAUUGGCAUUUAAUGUUUACUAUUUAAUGAUUGUUUUACAAAUUUUGUUACUAGGAAUAUAAGUUGACAACCAUUGAAAAAUAAAUAACAACCACUGACGUCAUACUAAUAAUUCAUUUUCGCAAUAGUCAAUAGUGAGGGAAAUUGCAAUCGGUUUAAGAUAACCCAAUAAAUUGCCAUGAUAAUAUUUGUAAUAGCUUAAUAUCUAACAUAUCUUACCUAAAAGAAUUAAUUUAAUAUUUCCUUUUUGAUUAUAAAAAUACUUAUUCUGUUAUUUUACUCUAUACUAUAAGCAAACUAAAUUGGGAAUUACUCGAUAUACUUCAGGAAAAUAACACUUCUACUUUGAAUAUACUUCUAAUUUGAAUUAUAAUAAUACAUGGCCACAUGCUAAGAACUUAUCAUUUAAAUUAAAUUAAAAUUAAAUUUCUCUCAUUAUUGCCAAUCAGUAUGACACAAAUUACAAACACGUUUUGUUCAGUGAAAAAAUAUCGCAUCAAAAAGUGUUUUUUCAUUAAACAAAAUCGUCGAAAAUAAAUCAAACGGGGGAUUCUACGAAUAUUUUUGUCAAAAGGAUUCGUUGAGUUUUGUGGAAAUAAUAAUAUUAUGUGCAUCGACAAUUUGACAAUAAAAUAUGGCGUUAUGAAUUUGACUAAUCAUAUUCGUAGUAUAUCCCUAUGAUCUCGCGUUUUCAACUUGCGAUUACAUUACAUUUUUUAUUUCAAGUUAAAUCACAUUACGCAGUCUGCAUGUUAAAUAAAAUUUUCGGCAGUGUUAACUUUUUUGUAAAUCCUAACAAUUAAUUUAACACUGCAAAAAAAUUCGUGCAGGCUGCCUAACGUAAAUUGUUAAGUUUUUAACAAUGAAUUGCUGUUGAUUUGAAUUACUCAUCCUUAUUAAAUGUUAAAGUUAUCAUUUCCGCGCUUCAUCGUUUUUGUUAACAUUAUCGCCUUGUUUAAACAAUAUUUAGCCAAAUAUACAUUUAUUAACCGUAAUAUAAGAAUAGACAGGAUAGCCAGGUUUUCAAUUCAUAACUCACAUAGUAGUAAUUUCAUAUAUCUUAUAUUGUAAGUUAGUAUAAUUAAUGUAAUGUAAUUCAGGACUCCUUUAUAAAACUACAAGGAGAGAUAAAAAGAGGUGUAUUUUUUUAUAAUCGGGUCCGUGAGUAAUGUGAAUUAAGCAUACAUUUCAAGAUUCUCAACUGCUUAGUCCACAUUAUUAACAAUGUAGUGAACAACGAACAAAAACACAUAAAUACAAAAAAAAAAUACGUGUACUUAAGCGUACUUAAAUGUAAUAGAUAAUGGAUCUCUAUAUUGGUGUUUAAAGGAUACUUUUCCAACAUGUUAUGUGUCAUAUCCAUUUUGAAAUAAAAACCUUUUUUGAACUACAAAAAUUAAAUUUCAUAAAAUGUCUGACGUCUAUAGGUAUCUGAAGUUUGUAAAAUUAUUAUUUAUUGCAAAUAGCACACUUCAAGGAGCACAAUUUUUUUUUAAACAAAAUUUCAACAUUAACUUUUAUAAGUAUUGAUCUCAGCAAAAAAGGAAAGUAAUUUACAAAUAAUUCGUUAAUCUAAUUCCAAUUUUAUCGCAAAAGCUUUAAACUACACAACAAUUUGAAAAAUGUACUUAAUAUAAGUGGUAUAAAAAUAAUAGUACCAAUAAGUUUGGAAAAAACUAUUACCAGAAAUAGUAUGAUGUUAUUACGUCGCAUAAAGUUUCGAUAUCUUUAUAUAGGAUAGACAUUGCAACAAGCUAAGUUAUCACCAGCUAAAUAAAGCCUCAAUAGCUCAACGGUUAUAGGAGUGGACUGAAUUCCGAAAGGUCGGCGGUUCA